AUGGAGCUGGUGCAGUUGGCGCGGCAGCUGGCUCUCGCACUGCUCAGCCUGGCCGUUGCCGUUGCGAAGGCCGAACUGCAGUCCUUUCCUGCCUUUCCCAGCUUCGACAUGUCAGAGUUCUGCCGCAAAACGCCGUUGCCAUUCCUUUGCCCGAAAGAGUUUGCAGCCCAGCAUCCACAGCCGCCAAGCUGUUCGCAAGUCCCAGAUCGCUGCUGCUUGCAGUCAAGCUGCAUCAUGAUGGGCCCCUACUUCCUGCCUGGAAUUGGUGAGUGUCGGCCUGACCGCGGCAGAACCACUUGUGCAGAUCUGUCGACUCCGUUUGGUGGCACAGGAGUCUGCCAGUGCGUUGAGGGAGUUUGUGCGAGCAACGGAGUUUGCAUGGGUGGAGGUAGUUUUUUUGGCCAUCUGCCGUUCUCCUCGCUGUACAAGGAUGGUGACCGCCUUGUUGACCUGGUUGUGCCUCCAGAGGACCAUUCAGCCUUGUGGAUGACGCUAGGGGUCGCCUGUGUGCUGCUGGCGUUAGCUGUGCUGCGGCCCAUGGCCACACCGGCUGUGGCCAGUGACAGCACCGUGGAGGAGAGGGAUGGAGUCGGAUGGAAUUCGCCGGCCUCCUUGGAAACUCUGAGAUCCAGCGGUUUGAGGAAGACAGAUGCUGAUGACUGGUUCAGGAGGUUCUGGGGAGGUUCCAAGCAGGUUCCGGGCGGGCAGGUUCGAAGAGGUGCUGCGCUGCCGACCGCAGAUGACACGUCCACAAGUAUGGAGCACGCGCUCAAAGAGCGACUUCUGCAACUGCACCACGACCUGCGGCGAGCUUUGGACGAGAAUUGGCUGAAGCUCAUCGACUCCCUUGAAGACGAUAUCCUGCAGGUCCAGGGCGAUGGUCGCGAUGGCAAGCUUGCUUCCUGGAUCCAUGCCGAGGUAGAUGCGGAUCCAGGACACCCAGGCACCGCCAGCCGCGCAAGCAAUCCAACCGAGUACUGCGACAAGGAUUCGGUAGAACUGGACGCGGACGAAGAAGACGACGCGCAAGAGAUGGAGAUUCGCGAUAUCGAAAGGGACCUGCAGGAGCCGACGGGAACCUCUUUUCAGAAGUUCUGUCGGUAUUCCAGAGCGAAGCUGGCACGCGCGGAGCGAAGGAUCUUGGACCUUGGCGUGGGUAUUCUAAUCUCGCUGAACACCUUGGUCAUGAUGCUGGCACACCAACAGAUGGGAUAUGAUGCUGCGCGAGAUCUCGGUGAGUAUGACCCGGCCAUGGACAGCCUGUCCAUCUCAGAGGACGUCUUUGUCAGUAUCGAAGAGGCCUUUGCUGUGAUAUUUCUGCUGGAGCUGAUUGUACGUCUGUGGAUCCACAGACUGCACUAUUUUCGCAGUGCCUUCAACGUGUUCGACGCCUUUCUAGUUGCCUUGAGCUUGGUAGACAUGCUGAUCAUCAAGCAACUUGAAGGUUCUGGCCGCGUCAACAUGGUCGUCCUGCGGAUCCUACGCAUCCUCAAGCUAACGCGCUCCCUUCGCGUCAUGCGCACGAUGCGCCUCUUCACCGGGUUGCGCGUCUUGGUAGCCGCUGUCAGUGCUUUCCUCCCAUCAUUGUUUUGGUCCAUGUUGUUCUUAACCAUCUACAUGGUAUUGGGUGGGCUAUUGAUCGGGAACUUCGUGAUGGAGUUUAUCACCGAUGCGGGCCAAGACUUAGAGAUCCGAAAAUGGAUCUGGCAGCAUUACGGCACAUCCUACCGCGCAACGUAUACCAUGUUCCAGGUGACUUUCGCUGGAUGUUGGCCUUCAUAUGUCAAUCCGUUGUACGAGAACGUCAGUCAGUGGUACUCGGCAUUUUUUUGUGCGUACGUCACGUUUGUGGUCUUCGCAGUGAUGCGCGUAAUAACGGCGAUCUUCAUCAAGGAAACUUUGGAUGCGGCUGGCGAGGAUCAUGAGGUUGUCAUGUCCGAAAAGGAGGCCACAAAGCAAAAGUACAUGCGCAAAUUGGCAAGAGUGUUCCAUGAAGUCGACACCUCCGGCGACGGGCUUAUCUCGGAAGACGAGUUCAGAAGCAUGAUGGAGGAUCCGAAUGUCAAAAGGUUCCUUGCUGGUUUGGAGGUGGACCUGAACGAGAGCCACUCGCUGUUCCACAUGCUGGCUGAUGAAGAGGGGCAAGUCUCCUACACAAAGUUCAUGGAAGGAAUGAUGCGAGCUCACGGUCCUGCCAAAUCGGCAGAUGUAUUGUGCAUUCGCCAAGACCUGGAGUUCAUCCGCAAAGACAUCAAACUCAUCAAGGCCUUGAAAGGGUUCCACAGUUCCGCCCAGCUGAACGCACCAGGUUGCUCAGUUUCGAACAUUUGCACAUUUUGA